AUGGCAGCACCUAACGAUUGGACCCCAAGCAGUUGGAAAUCGAAACCCAUUGUUCAAGACGUUGUCUAUGAAGACCAGGACCAUGUUGAUCGUGUGCUCAACAAGUUGAAUCGUUUGCCACCCAUGGUGUCUCCUCAAGAGAUCGAGAAGCUACGUGAACAGCUGAAGGAUGUGGCACUGGGAAAGGCGUUCCUCUUACAAGGUGGCGACUGUGCAGAACUUUUUGAUUAUUGCUCUCAGGACCCCAUUGAAGCCAAGUUGAAGGUGUUGCUGCAAAUGUCAUUGGUGUUGACUUGGGGUGCACGUACUCCUGUUGUUCGAGUUGCACGUAUGGCUGGUCAAUAUGCUAAGCCUAGAAGCAAGCCAACUGAAAUGUAUCAAGGCGAAGAGAUCUUAUCUUUCAGAGGCGACAAUGUGAAUGGAUUUGAUCCCAAAGAUCGUAAGGCCGAUCCUGAGCGUUUGUUAGGCGCUUAUUUCCAUUCUGCUGCCACCCUCAACUAUGUACGAGCAUUGCUUGAUUCUGGAUUUGCUGAUUUGCAUGCACCAUCCAAUUGGAAUUUGAAUCACGUGCGAUCCGAUGCUGUACGACACGAGUACCAAGAAAUUGUAUCACGCCUUACGGAUGCUUUUGAUUACAUGCAAGUCGUCGAUGCUGGAUCAACACAAAAUGCUGCUUUACGCUCCGUUGACUUUUUCGUGGCCCAUGAAUCCUUGUUGCUUGACUACGAAUCCAGUUUGACACGACAACUUACUUCCCCAUCAUCCAAAACAAAGAAAUGGUACAACACGGGCGCACACUUUUUGUGGAUUGGUGACCGUACUCGACAACCUGAUGGCGCCCAUAUUGAAUACAUCCGUGGUAUUGAAAACCCCGUGGGUGUCAAAGUUGGUCCAACCACUGAACCUGAAAAGUUGGUCGAGUUGCUUGACAAGAUCAACCCAUCCAAGGCUAUCGGCAAGGUGACGCUCAUCACACGCUUCGGUGCAGACAAAGUCGAUAAGCAUCUUCCAGCACAUAUUGAAGCCGUACGCAACUCUGGUCACAUUCCAGUUUGGGUAUGCGAUCCAAUGCAUGGCAAUACUAAGAACGCUUCUGGAGGUGUAAAGACCCGCCAUUUUGUUGACAUUAUCCAAGAACUAUCACAAACGCUUCGUGUACACAAGGAAUGCGGUAGCAAGCUCAAUGGUGUGCACUUUGAAUUAACCGGUGAUUCUGUAACGGAAUGUGUGGGUGGUUCCAUGGAUUUGAAGGAUACGGAUUUAUCAACAAACUACCAGACUUAUUGUGAUCCUCGACUCAACUGCCACCAAUCGCUUGAUGUUGCCUUUUUGAUUGCCAAGUAUUACCAAAAGGAGCGGAUUAGCAGCGACUUCCCCAGUUUGUGA